AUGGCCACCUUGCCAGUGUGCUCAAUACCAACAUUUAGCGGCAACCCUUUGGAUUACAAGUUAUUCAUGAGGGCUUUCGAGCAUGAGGUGAUGAGCAAAACGGACAGCUUUGCGGAUAGGCUGUACUAUCUUGAACAAUACACGGCAGGUGAGGCCAAGGACAUUCUACGCAGUUGUGUUCACAUGAAACCUGUGGAAGAGUAUAACCAGGCGCUGGCCUUGCUAAAGCAUCACUUUGGUGACGAAUACAGAAUCACAACGUCUUAUGUGGAGAAGGCCCUGAAGUGGGACACCAUCCAAAACGAGGAUGAAAAGGCUCUCAAAGCCUAUGCGCUAUUCUUGGCAACAGUUAUGAAUACCUUGUCUACUGAGGACAGCAUGGGCCUUAAUGAACUUGACCACCCCAAGAACUUGAAGGAACUUUCCACCAAGCUACCUUUAAGGAUGAGGGCAGCAUGGAGAAAGAGGGCAGUGGACAUUCAGGAUGUACCAGGCCAAAGGGCCAGGUUCGCAGACUUUGUCAAAUAUGUUGAUAAGGAAGCAAGGAUUGCAACAGAUCCUGUGUUUGGGAACAUUGUAUCGGCUAAAUCGGAUAAGCAUGCAGAGGCACGUAAAUCAAAUACGUCUACUGCUAAACAAAGGCCUAAAGGUUCAUUUGUCACGAACGUAAGUGACACAAGUAGUGGCAGUCAGGAUCAGUCGUGCACCAACGAACCAUUUUCGUGCAAAUUGUGCAGUGGAGCACACCCAACCGUUCUCCACAGGAAUCCAGAAUCAGGAACAGGGCAGAAUACAGGAAAUUCUGCACAAACAACCGACGUCAGGAAUGGGUGUACAGGAGUCAAUCAAGACUGUGCGAUAGCUAUCAUUCCAGUGAAGGUCAAGGCUGGGAGCAAGGUCUUGCUCACGUAUGCCUUUCUUGACAAUGGCUCUUCAGCAUCAUUCAUGACUGAAAGGCUCAUGAGUGAACUGGGAGCAAGCGGCAGGGAAAUAAACCUGAGAGUUAGUACUAUGACUGACAAAUCGAAAGCCGUGGUUUCACAUGAGGUAAAGGGACUGGAAAUAAGUGGAUUAAACGGGGAUUAUAUCCCACUCCCAGUGUUGUAUACCCAGACAACGCUGCCUAUCACGAGAGAGGAUAUUCCAAGACCAAAGGAUAUCAACAGAUGGCCUCAUCUCAGACACGUACCAGUUACCGAAGUAGACACAGACAUAGGGCUACUGAUUGGCUCUAAUGUUCCCAAGGCUCUCGAGCCAUGGGAUAUAAUCAAGAGUGAGGGCAAUGGGCUUUAUGCAGUGAAAACUGUUCUGGGGUGGACAAUAAACCGUCCCCUCAAUGAAACAUCAAACAAAGGAACAGUGUCAAUAAACAGGGUCAGUAUUGACCAGGUACCUCUCGAGGAACAAUUAAAGAAGUUCUACGAAACUGACUUUAGGGAAAGAACAAUCGAUGACAAGCCUGAAUUCUCCGCCCAGGAUAAGAAAUUCAUGGCAAUGGCUGAGGCUUCAGUCACGUUGCAAGACAAUAGCAAAUAUGAGCUUGGUUUGCCAUUAAAGGACGGCACCAUCAUGCCCAACAACAAGCGUCAGGCCGAACAGAGGCUGGCUAUGUUAAAGAAAAGGUUUCAAAGGGACGAAACGUAUCAUGAGGAGUAUAGUCUCUUCAUGGGAAAUGUCCUGGAAAAGGGCUACGCAAGAGCGGUUCCAGAGAAUGAACUCGGCAGGAAAGAUGGGAAGGAAAGGGUGGCUGUGAUGGCCGACAUAGAGUCCAUGUUCAUGAGGGUGAACUUCCCCGACAACGACGCCAGCCUCUUGCGAUUUCUGUGGUGGAAGGACGGUGAUGUAAACAAUGACGUCUUGGAAUAUCAAAUGAAAGUUCAUUUGUUUGGUGCAACUUCCUCCCCGAGUUGCGCAAAUUUCGCACUUCAUCAAACAGCAAAGGACAAUGCACAUAGUUAUGAUGCGGUAGUAACUCAGGCUUUGAUGAGAUCGUUCUACGUCGAUGACUAUCUUGACAGCAGAGGCUCUGCAGAUAUCGCCAUACCAAUGGUUGCUGAUGUUAGAGAGCUGUGUGCUAAAGGGGGGUUUCGGUUAACCAAGUGGAUAAGUAACGACCGUGAGGUGCUGAAAUCUAUCCCAGAGGAGGAGCUUGCCAAGGGGGUGAAGGACCUGGACUUCGAUCAGGACGUCCACCCAUCGGAGAGAGCACUGGGAGUGAAGUGGUGCCCAGACUCAGACACCUUCGGAUUUAAAAAUGCUCGAUAA